AUGCUCGCUGAAGCUACCAAUCAAUCAAAUACCCUCUUGAAUUUUUUUUGGCAUGUGCCAAAUUCUUUCCUCGAUCGCUUUCACCACUACCAAGAUCGUCCAAGCAGGAGCUCUUUUUUUAUGAACAAAAGUCAAGCAGCGCACAAAUUGGGUUUUUUUAUCACUGGCCAGUCGUGAUCCAUGCACAAUUCCGGACAACCUCUGCGAACAAUGAUGAGACUGAAGAAAAAAGAAGAAGCAUUGAAGACAGCUUUACGUCUUUCCCAUAAACGUGGUCAAAAAUGCAUUUAUGGAUAAAAAUGCAAGUUUCCUCAUAGUGUGCAUGAGCUCCGGUUCCCACAAACAAAGAGAAGCCGUCGUAACUACAAAUAGUUUUUUGUGGCAAUUUUAAUUUCUAAAAUUUAAUUUUAAAAUACACUGUUUCAUGUUCUUUAUAUGUUAGGCUAACUUUUGUGUGUUACCAAUGCUGCUUAGAUUUUUUUUUUACAUUUCUUCAUUGCUAAUACACAAUCUAAAUAGUAAUCUAUUUUUAAUUGAUUCACUAUAUUCCACGCAAUAAUGUUGAAAGUCUGAAAAGAUAUUGAAAAAAAAACUAGAUUUUUCAAACAAAUUUUUUUCUGAAAUUUGUUUUUCUGAAAAUCAAUAAUUUCAAUGUAAUUUCUGAACAAAAAACAUGAGCUCAGGUGUCAACAAAUCAAAAGAAACCAUCGUAACUACAAAACCGUAUUUUGUGAUAAAUUCUUUACUACUGGACAUUGCAAGUACGGAGCCAGGUAUCAGCUCAUCCACACAGCUCCUGACACACCUGCUGCAAUUAAAUCGAUGGAAACUGCGGAUUUCAAGCUUGACUUUCAAUCGAACCUUUCUCGUGCAUUUUCUCUGGACUCUUCAAGUUUCCUGCCCAAUUGGCAUUGCUCAGCUGUUCCUCACUAA